AUGGCUUGCAGGAGAUGUAGAACAGCAGGAGAACGGUGGAUUGUACGUGUUGUGACGAUGGCUGGUCAGGCUGGUAAGAAACAGGCGCUGUCCAAUUCGGCUGCUUUGCAAAGCCUUUAUAGAGUAACAGUACCAAUUGUGAUCUUGGCGCUGCUUCGGUCGUGGGCUUCUAGCGGAAUCAAGCUGGGACAACUGAUCAAAUUCGCUUUACUGCAUGUCCCCUUGAUUGGGUGCUGCUAUGUUCUCGACAAGUCCGGGAGGCCGCUGUACGAUGCCAAGGGUAAGAUUGUCAAAGAAGGCAUGGAUCUGUCGCAAGCCGGUGGUCUUACGGAAUACAUGUUUGAUGUUAUUUAUUUGUCACUUUUUGGUGAUGCUGGACAGAUACUGUUCAACACCAGGAAACUGUGGUACAUUUUACUGGUCGUUCCAGCGUAUGCUGCUUACAAGCUGUACCAUUUGAAGGACCAGUUUAUGGGCAACGGUGGUAAUGGCAGUGGUAUCCCUAAGGGCGGCGCCGCAGCUGUGAAUGAGGAUAAAUCAAAGAGACAGGCCAAGAGAGAGAAAAGAGGCGACAAGAAUAAGGUCAGGUAUAGAUGA